GGCAGGCAGGGACUUCCUCGGCUGCCGCCGCGGCGCCUUGGGACGCGCCCCGGGGAAGCCUGAGCUCUUGCAGACGCCAGGCCGCCGCCGCCUCUCGGAGAGGCUUUGCAGCCGUGCGCGGCCGGGGACAGACGCCCAGGGCAGGAGCUGCGGGCGCCGCUGGGCGCGGAGGUCUCCCCAAGACCUCAGAAGAACAUACAUGGAAUACUACAGACAAUCCUCUAGCAGUUGUGAGAAUUUCAGAAUGUGUGCUGGUGUUGUCAUUCACAUAUGAGAAUGAAGUGUGACAUCACAGGGUUCUCUCAAGAGUCAAGACCACUUGCUCCCUUGAACCCACCUCUUAGCUAACAUCUUUCUGACAGAGGCCGCGCUCUGAGGAUUUUUACAACUCUGGUAAUACGUGUGACCCCGUGUCCCAUUUCUGCCUGAAGAAGUGUUCUGUUAGAUACAGAAGCUUGCACUUGACUUUUCUGCUAGAAAUUGAGCUCCUGAAAGGUCCCUCCAUUCGUAAUACUGGCUGAUUCAACCGGCCCAUGUACCAAGCAACUCUCCCACAAACAUGGCAGACGAAGACCUCAUCUUCCACAUGGAAUGCCUCGAUAAUGCCAAAGUAACAAAACCGACCCCUGGAAAUUACCACGAUGGCGACAGUGAGGAAGAAGAUACAUACUACAUCUGCCCUAUAACAGAUGACCCCGUCUUGAUCAAGACUGCAAAUGACAAAGUCACCAACUACUACAGCAAUUUGGUCAAAAACGAUCAAUUUUCUUCCAGCUCUUCUCCUAGAAAUUCUUUCCACUUCAAGAAUGGCACGCCGCAACUUGCUAAGCAUGGCUGUGUGGUUGACCGUAGCCGGGAAGCUUGGAAACAUGCAAUUGAGAAAGCAAAGCACAUGCCUGACCCUUGGGCAGAAUUUCAUCUUGAGGACAUUGAAACAGAACAUGCCACCCGGUACAGGUACAACGCUGUUACUGGGGAGUGGGUCGAGGAUGAGGUUCUGAUCAAAAUGGCUUCGCAGCCUUUUGGCCGUGGUGCAAUGCGGGAAUGCUUCCGGACGAAAAAGCUGUCCAAUUUUUUGCACACACAGAACUGGAAAGGUGCCUUUAACUAUGUGGCCAAGCGGUACAUUGAGACGGUCAACAGGGACGUCUAUUUUGAGGACGUGCGGCUCCAGAUGGAGGCAAAGCUGUGGGGGGAAGAGUACAACCGACAUAAGCCGCCCAAACAGGUGGACAUAGUCCAGACCUGCAUUAUCGAAAUGAAGAACCGGCCAGGCAAACCCCUGUUUCACCUGGAGCAUUACAUCGAGGGCAAAUACAUCAAAUACAACUCAAACUCAGGGUUUGUACGAGACGACAACAUUCGCCUCACCCCACAGGCUUUUAGCCACUUCACAUUCGAACGAUCUGGGCACCAACUGAUCAUCGUUGACAUCCAAGGUGUCGGAGACCUCUACACGGACCCUCAGAUCCACACGGAGAGCGGCACAGACUUCGGAGAUGGCAACCUAGGUGUUCGGGGAAUGGCCUUGUUCUUCCACUCUCAUUCAUGCAACAAGAUCUGCAAAAGCAUGGGCCUCAUGCCUUUUGAUCUCUCCGCCAAAGAGAACGAUGCUUUGUAUCGAAGUAAUAAGCUCCUUGAAUCAGCACGGACAGUCGUGCGAGGCACGGAAGAGAAAUGCGGCAGUGCUCGAGUGAGAACAAUCUCAGGCAGCCGCCCUCCUCUGCUUUUCCGUUUGUCUGAAAACUCUGGAGACGAAAGUAUGAGUGAUGUGGCUUUCGAUUCGUUACCCUCAUCUCCUUCUUCAGCAACGCCCCACAGUCAGAAAAUUGACAUGCUUCACUGGCCUGUAUUCAAUGAAGUGGAUAAUUUGGUUCACAAAGAUCAGGAGGGCCUUGACAACCAAAGGGACUCUGAAAAUGGAGGUGACAGCGGAUACCCCAGUGAAAAGAGAAGUGAUCUGGAAGACAUGGAUCACAGAGAAAAGGGCCAUUCCAACCUCAACCGACGGCAUGAAUCCGACGAGGAUAGCUUGGGAAGUUCCGCAAGGAGAAAUGCUGUUGUAAAUGAAUUCUCUGUGACCACUAAACCCAGUCCCCGGAGCACACUGGUCAGCGUGGAGAAAUGGAAUCUCUACAAUGCCGCGCGAGUUCACGUUCACAGACCUUCCUGUGUUGCCGUGGAAGUUCAAAGACUCAACGCCCUGGAGCUGGAGAAGAAAAUCGGGAAGUCCAUCCUUGGAAAGGUUCAUUUGGCCAUGGUUCGCUACCACGAGGCUGGCCGUUUCUGUGAGAAAGACCAGGAAUGGGAUCAAGAAACUGCCGUUUUCCAUCUGGAACAUGCAGCGGAUUGCGGAGAACUGGAAGCCAUCGUAGGGUUAGGCCUCAUGUAUUCUCAGCUGCCGCAUCACAUUCUUUCUGAGGUCACUUUAGAGGACAACCAAGAAAACAGAUCCAAAGGCUUUGAUUAUUUACGCAGAGCAGCAGAGGCAGGAGAUCGUCCUUCUAUGAUCCUUGUAGCGAGAGCAUAUGACACAGGCAUGAACCUUGCUCCGGAUAGAGACCGAGACUGGAAGGAAGCCUUGUACUGGUACGACGCAGCAUUGAACAUGACGGACUAUGAUGAGGGAGGGGAAUACGAUGGAACGCAAGAUGAACCCCGGUACCUGCUGCUGGCAAGGGAAGCGGAGAUGUUAGCAAUGGGAGGCUUUCAUCUAGAGAAAGACCCGCAGAGAUCAGGUGAACUGUACACAGAAGCCGCCGAAAACGCUAUGCAAGCUAUGAAAGGCAGAUUGGCCAACCAGUACUAUCAGAAAGCCGAGGAAGCCUGGGCGAUGAUGGAAGAGUGAAACUUGAAUACGCUGCUGCUUUUCUUAUAGAUAUUCAGCACAGAGACAUUUUUCUACAAGACUCUUGCUUUGUUUGGGGAGUUGGGGGAAGGAAAAGGGGAAAGCUGAAAACAAGAUGUAUUUUUAUGUGUUUUAGCUGAUCUUGUGGGGUUUUUAUAUGAUUUUUUUCUAACUUUUAUUCCAAAUGGAAAGAAAACUAGAAGCGGUAAAAAUGACUGAUAUUUCAAAGCUGCAUUACUGAUCACCGCUGAUAUUUUAUAAAAACUGCCCAGCCCAAGACACCCUGGUUUACUGGAAAACUGCAAAGUUGAUAUCGGUUUUGAUGACGCUCUUUAUAUGAUGCCCAAAAGAAGAUAAUUUUCUGUAUGCGUCUCACUUCCAUCUUGAUUCCCCCCCCCCCCCUGCAUGGUUGGACCUCUAAUUUUAAAAUAAACUAGUGUCUCAGGUUGAGAUUGGAUCCUUGGGUGCAGGACCCAGGUCUUCAGAGAAAGACAGCUGUCCGUUCCAGCAACUCUGAUCCUGUCAGCAGGGGAAGGAGGAACAACCUACAAAAGGAGACCCACCUGCUUCCGACUCCAGAAGAAUCAGCCACCGAAUGACAACACACCUAGGCAGGGCUUCCUUCAUUUCAUCAUUUCUGCUGCCUAGGAGCAGGCAGGAUCGAGGGGCAUCCUGACAUUAGGCCUUGUGGGCUUGUGACCUCCUGAACUCUUACAAUCACUUUACACAUUAACCUUAUGAUCCCAUAUGCGUAUCCCUGCACAUCUCUCUGUAAUGUUGCAUAAUAUCUGAAGAAAUGUUAUCUUUCUGUGCCCAUCCAGCAGGGAAAGACUGUUAAGCUCUCGUCAAGAUGGGGCAUUUCUACCACAGAGUCGAACCUGCACCCAGAAACUGGCUGAGGGAGGUUUUUGUUUAGUCAGUCAGAACUGCCUGCUUUCAUUUUCUAGAGAGGAGGAGGAGGGCAAAGAAUUUGUUUAGAUUUUUUGUCACAGUGUUCUGUUUUUGGCAUGAAAUUUGCUCAGUGAGCUUCGAUGGCAGUUCAGAUUUGCUCAUUUGUGUGCCCUGUGAACACAACUAGCAGGCUUUGGCCCAGGCAUGGGAUGAUGUUGGCAUACUAUAAAUGCCGAUGAACGGCCCAAGUCGUUCUGGUAAUGUACAUUUUCAAACGGGGCGCUAUAUGUGGAGUGCAGCAAAAAAAAAACCCCCUGGAGCUGCAAUAUAGUUUGUUUCUAUUGUAGAUCUUUUGCCUCGGGACCAGGAGUAUCCAAAAAUCUGAUGAAGUCUCUUGAGCCCCAGAUCUUGAGCAUUUAGCAUCGGGAAUGGUCCUUGCACUAGCAGAAUAGAUCUGUGGAUCUAACCCUGCACUAGCAGAAUAGAUCUGUGGAUCUAACCCAUGGAAUUUCCCUUUGUCUCCUCUGCCUAAAUGGACUUUCUCUAAAUAUUGCAAUGUAAACACUCUGUCUUAGCUGUUUGCCAGGUAACAGCCAUCCUUGAUUUCUUUGUGAAUGACUUGUGUUUACAAAACUAUGCACAAUUUAUUUCAUUGAAUUUCUGUAUUUUUUUAAUGUGUGUUUGUAAUGGAUAAACUUUUGGUAACGGUCUUGCUGUAUUACUAAAGUUGUCAUGAUUUUUUUUUUCAACUAAGGAAUUAACCUUGCAAAAUACAUAAUGGAAACACUUGAUAGCUUUCAUAAGAGGUUGGCAGUUAGCUUAAUAAGGCAUGCAGGACAGGUGAUGUAAUUUAGCAUGCAGAAUAUGCAAAUCUUGUUUUCCCCCACUUAUUAUGUCAGAUCCUCCAGUUUGUGUUUCUUUACUAACUACAGUAUUUUUGCCACGGUGCAGAAAAUAAUGCUGAAUUCUUUCGCUGUACCUUUUAACCUUUCAAAUUGUUAUAUUUUCAAUAUUUUCUAGUUUUGGACUGAUACGUGCAUUAAUAUCUGCAACACCUCAUAGGCAAGUCUGAAUGACCUGACCCAUAUCAAACCCCAGAAACCUCACUUCCGUGCCGUGUUCGUCAUUCCCUUGACUGUGUUUUUUUUAACUGAGUCAGUUCAUAUGUUCAACUGUUAAGUCCUGAAAGGAUGAAAAAAUUGGUGAUAUCCUUGCAUGUGCGAACAGGCUUUAUAUAGUCCACACUGUGUUUUUAUAAGCUUCAUUCAGUGGAAACUCAUGAGGACUUUACAUUGGAGUGGAAUCCCUGGAAUAUUUCUCUGCAGCCAUGUCUGAUUCUCCGUUGGAAGCUUAUACAAUAAAACAAGUUAGUUGUUUGGCUUUAAUUACCCAACCCAGUGUCAAAGAAAAUAGAUCGUUACCUCCGUAAUGAAAGCACUUUUUUUGAAGGAGACGUGGUGGUCUAUGGUUUGAAAUGUGUAAGGAUUCCUUUUCUAGUUUGCUAGUAAAUAAAAAAAAGUUUUGCAAUGAAA